AUGCGUCCGGCAGAGGUGGAUAUUGAAACGAAGCUACCUGCGAGCCAUGCUAAAAUUGCGUCAAAUUCACGCUUCGAAGUUGGAGACUCAGUCGUUCUUUCCAACAAACGCCAGGUUUUUCAGAAGGGGUUCCGUGGAUUAUGGGGAACUGAACUGUUUGUCAUCAAGCAGAUUGACAUGAGAAGCCCUGUCACGUAUCGUGUGACUGACUUGAACGGAGAGCUGAUUGAAGGGCGAUUCUACGAACAGGAGCUUCAGCGUGCUGAGAAUCCCGACGGAGUCUACAAAGUGGAGCGCAUACUCAAGGAGCGCCGACGAAAAGGGAAGAUUGAGUACUUUGUAAAGUGGCUGGAUUAUGGUGACGAAUUCAACUCGUGGGUUAGCGCCGAGGACGUAAUCGACUUAAGAACUCCGCCUUCC